AGACAAGAUACAAUAAACCUCCUAAAAGAAAAUAUAGGCAAAACAUUAUCUGGCAUACAUCUCAAAAAUGCUGUCCUAGGGCAGUCUACCCAAGCAAUAGAAAUAAAAGCAAGAAUAAACAAAUGGGACCUAAUGACACUUACAAGCUUCUGCACAGCAAAGGAAACCAUAAGUAAACAAAACGACAACCUACGGAAUGGGAGAAAAUGUUUGCAAAUGAAACCGACAAAGGCUUGAUCUCCAGAAUAUAUAAGCAGCUCAUACGACUUAAUAAGAAAGAAACAAACAGCCCCAUCUAAAAAUGGGCAGAAGACCUAAACAAGCAAUUCUCCAAGGAAGACAUACAGAUAAUCAAUAGGCACAUGAAAAAAUGCUCAAUAUCACUAAUUAUCAGAGAAAUGCAAAUCAAAACUGCAAUGAGGUAUCACCUCACACCGGUCAGAAUGGCCAUCAUUCUAAAGUCCACAAAUGACAAAUGCUCGAGAGGCUGUGGAGAACGGGAACCCUCCUGCACUGCUGGUGGGAGUGCAGUUUGGUGCAGCCACUGUGGAAAACAGUAUGGAGAUUCCUCAAAAGACUAGGAAUAGACUUACCUUAUGACCCAGGAAUCCCGCUCUAGGGCAUAUAUCCAGAAGGAACCCUACUUCAGGAUGACACCUGCACCCCAAUGUUCAUAGCAGCACUAUUUACAAUAGCCAAGACAUGGAGACAGCCUAAAUGUCCAUCAACAGAUGACUGGAUAAAGAAGAUGUGGUAUAUUUAUACCAUGGAUUACUAUUCAGCCAUAAAAACUGACAACAUAACGCCAUUUGCAGCAACAUGGAUGUUGCUGGAGAAUGUCAUUCUAAGUGAAGUAAGCCAGAAAGAGAAAGAAAAAUACCAUAUGAGAUCGCUCAUAUGUGGAAUCUAAAAAAAAAAAAAAAACAUAAAUACAAAACAGAAACAGACUCAUAGACAUAGAAUACAAACUUGUGGUUGCCAAGGGGGUGGAGGAUGGGAAGGGACAGACUGGGAUUUCAAAACAUAGAAUAGAUAAAUAAGAUUAUACUGUAUAGCACAGGGAAAUAUAUACAAGAUCUUAUGGUAGCUCACAGAGAAAAAAAUGUGACAAUGAAUAUAUAUAUAUGUUCAUGUAUAACUGAAAAAUUGUGCUCUACACUGGAAUUUGACACAACAUUGUAAAAUGACUAUAACUCAACAACAAAAAAAAAAAUGUUAAAAAAAAAAAAAGUAAAGGAAUUCUGACCACACGCCACAGCAUGGAUGGACCUUGAAGACACAAUGCUCAGUGAAAUAAGCCAGACACAGAAGGACAAAUGCUGUCUGAUCCCACUCACAGGAGAAUGGAGAGGAGUCAAAUCCACAGAGACAGGAAGUAGACGGUGGGGCCAGGGGCUGGGGAGGGGAUGGGGAGUGAGUGUUUAAUGGGACGGAGUUUCAGUUUGAGAAGAUGAGAAAGUGCCAUUGAACCGUGCACUUAAAAAUGAUUAUGAUGGCAAAUUUUAUGUUAUAUACAUGUUACUUCAAUGUAAAAAAAAAGUUAAAAAAAAAAAAAAGGCUCAGGGCAGUUGGAGGUGGGGUGCCCAGCAGGUGUUGUGGAGAUGAAGUGUGCAGGGCAGAGUUGGCAGCAGGGGGGCUGGCAGUCCAGUUGGGGGAUUCAAGGGGCAGGCAGAGUCUGGGGCUGGGAUGUGGGGUCACUGGGAGCCAUGAGCGACUACGGAGCAGGGGAGGAGCCGGGGAAGGAAACUUGUAAGGAAGCAGAGCCAGGUCCACGCACACGGGACGCAGGCGUCCGCUGAGUCACAAAUCCCGGAAGUUCAGGGUCAUGGAGAGGAAACUCUGCUGGUCCACGCAAGGCCUUCCUGUUUUUUGGCCCUGAAUCCUCCAGGGCCAAAGUUCCCACCUCAAGUCCACCUCCCCUGGUUCGGAAUCCCUGAGCCUCAAGGCCAGCGCAGGGCUUGGAGAUGUCCCUGCUGCUCAAACAGGGAAACUGAGGCAUGGGGUUUGCCCAGGACUUUCCAGAAGGACGAGGCUGCGGGUUUCUUACUGGGGCCUCUGGACUGCACCCGUUCUGGAAGGGGCGUGGAGGGCUGGGUUCCAGAGGGUGUCACCUCCCGUCGCCCUGACCUCGCCAUGUGGACCCCGCGAGCGCCCCCUCCCCAACCGGCCCUACUGCUCCUGCUGCUGCUACUGGGAGGCGCCCGCGGCCUAUUCCCCGAGGAGCCGCCGCCGCUCAGUGUGGCCCCCAGGGACUACCUGAACCACUAUCCCGUAUUCGUGGGCCUCGGGCCGGGACACCUGACCCUCUCAGAGGGCGCUGACGACCUCAACAUCCAGCGGGUUCUGCGGGUCAACAGAACGCUGUUCAUCGGGGACAGGGACAACCUGUAUCGAGUGGAGCUGGAGCCCCCCACAUCCACGGAGCUGCGGUACCAGAGGAAGCUGACCUGGCGCUCCAACCCCAGCGACAUCAACGUGUGUCGGAUGAAGGGUAAACAGGAGGGCGAAUGUCGAAAUUUUGUAAAGGUGCUUCUGCUUCGGGACGAAUCCACCCUCUUCGUGUGUGGUUCCAAUGCUUUCAACCCCGUGUGUGCCAACUACAGCAUGGACACACUACAGCCCAUUGGGGACAACAUCAGCGGCAUGGCCCGCUGCCCCUACGACCCCAAACACGCCAAUGUCGCCCUCUUCUCUGAAGGGAUGCUGUUUACAGCCACCGUUACCGACUUCCUGGCCAUCGAUGCAGUCAUCUACCGCAGCCUCGGGGACCGGCCCACUCUGCGCACCGUGAAACACGACUCCAAGUGGUUCAAAGAGCCUUACUUCGUCCAUGCGGUGGAGUGGGGCAGCCACAUCUACUUCUUCUUCCGGGAGAUCGCGAUGGAGUUUAAUUACCUGGAGAAGGUGGUGGUGUCCCGCGUGGCCCGGGUGUGCAAGAACGACGUGGGUGGCUCCCCUCGCGUGCUGGAGAAGCAGUGGACGUCCUUCCUGAAGGCGCGGCUCAACUGCUCUGUGCCGGGGGACUCCCACUUCUACUUCAACGUGCUGCGGGCCGUCACCGCCGUGGUCAGCCUCGGGGGCCGGCCCGUGGUCCUUGCUGUCUUCUCCACACCCAGCAACAGCAUCCCUGGCUCGGCAGUCUGUGCCUUUGACAUGGCACAGGUGGCUGCCGUGUUUGAAGGCCGCUUCCGUGAGCAGAAGUCCCCUGAGUCCAUCUGGACACCCGUGCCGGAGGAUCAGGUGCCACGGCCCCGGCCCGGGUGCUGUGCGGCUCCUGGCAUGCAGUACAAUGCGUCCAGCGCUUUCCCCGACGAGAUCCUCAACUUUGUCAAGACGCACCCCCUGAUGGACGAGGCAGUGCCCUCGCUGGGCCAUGCUCCCUGGAUUGUUCGGACUCUGAUGCGGCACCAGCUGACACGAGUGGCUGUGGACGUUGGCGCUGGCCCCUGGGGCAACCAGACUGUCGUCUUCCUGGGCUCCGAGGCGGGCACUGUCCUCAAGUUCCUUGUCUGGCCCAACGCCAGCGCCUCGGGCACUGCCGGGCCCAGUGUCUUCCUGGAGGAGUUUGAGACCUACAGGCCGGACAGGUGUGGAUGGUCUGGCAGUGCUGAGACGGGGCAGCGGCUGCUGAGCCUGGAGCUGGAUUCAGCCUCGGGUGGCCUGCUGGCGGCCUUCCCCCGCUGUGUGGUCCGAGUGCCUGUGGCGCGCUGCCAGCAGUACUCAGGAUGCAUGAAGAACUGUAUUGGCAGUCAGGACCCCUACUGCGGGUGGACCCCCGAUGGUUCCUGCAUCUUCCUCAGCCCCGGCACCAGAGCCACCUUUGAGCAGGACGUGUCUGGGGCCAGCACCUCAGGCUUAGGGGACUGCACAGGACUCUUGCGGGCCAGCCUCUCGGAGGAGCGCGCGGGGCUGGUGUCAGUGAACCUGCUGGUGACGUCGUCGGUGGCGGCCUUCGUGGUGGGCGCCGUGGUGUCCGGCUUCAGCGUGGGCUGGUACCUGGGCCUCCGCGAGAGGCGCGAGCUGGCCCGCCGCAAGGACAAGGAGGCCAUCCUGGCGCACGGGGGCGGCGAGGCCGUGCUGAGCGUCAGCCGCCUGGGCGAGCGCCGAGCGGGCGGGCCCGGGGGCCGGGGCGCAGGCGGCGGCGGCGGCACGGGGGGCCCUCCCGAGGCCCUGCUGGCGCCCCUGAUGCAGAACGGGUGGGCCAAGGCCACGCUGCUGCAGGGCGGCCCGCACGACCUGGACUCCGGGCUGCUGCCCACGCCAGAGCAGACGCCGCUGCCGCAGAAGCGCCUGCCCGCCCCGGCCCCGCACGCGCUGGGCCCCCGCGCCUGGGAGCACGGCCACGCGCUGCUCUCGGCCUCCGCCUCGUCCUCGCUGCUGCUGCUGGCGCCCGCCCGCGCCCCCGAGCCGCCCCCCGCGCCCGGCGAGCCGGCCCCCGACGGCCGCCUCUUCACCGCGCGGCCCGGCCGCGCCUCGCACAGCGACUUCCCGCUCACCCCCCACGCCAGCCCGAACCGCCGGCGGGUGGUGUCGGCGCCCACGGGCCCCUCGGACCCGAGCUCCGCCGCCGACGGCCUCCCUCGGCCCUGGAGCCCGCCGCCCACGGGCAGCCUCCGGAGGCCGGCCGCGCACGGCCCGCCCGCCGCCGCGCUGCGCCGCACGCACACGAUCAACAGCGGCGAGGCCCGGCCCCGCGGCCGCCACGCCCGGCCCGGCACGGACUUGGCCCACCUCCUCGCGUACGGGGGCCCGGACAGGACUGCGCCCCCCGUGCCCUAGGCCGGGGCCCCCGCGCCUCGGCGGUGCCAGCCACGGGAACCAGGAGCGAGGGCCCGGGCCAGCUCCGAGUGGGUGCUCAGCUCCCCCUGACCCCGUCCAGCCCGGCCGCGUCGGGGCCCCCCUCCGCCGCACGGAAGCACAACGGGCUCGCCCCCCACCCCCUUGCCCGGCCCCCCCGGGGCCGCAGGACACUGAGGCGGACCGGGGUGGGCGGGCGGGAGGAAUGUGCUGUGGAUUUGAGGUUGACCUUCUGCGCGUGGGUUUUUUUGGUUUGUUUUCCAAUUUGCGUUUCUUUUGCAGUUUUCUAACCAGUUGCACAACUCCGUUCUCGGGGUGGCGGCCGGGGGCUUGGAGGCGGUGGGAAGAGGGGGCACGGCCGCAGACCCAAGCUCCCCGUCCCACCCAAAGGCCCUCCUCGCCCUGGGUCCCCGGCGUGUGUGUGUGUGUGUGUGUGUGUGUGUGUGUGUGUGUGUGUGUCUGUGUG